AUGACGUGUUUUACGGUAUCUUCACCAAGCGUCAUACCUUGCUGGGAGCGAAGCAUCGACGAUAGAGGCAGUGGCUCCUUUGUAGUUGUCGUUAUCCUUCUACAAAGUUCGAUUCCCAUCGACAGUGAUUCGUAUUGGCGUAAUCCUUGUUACGAACUGAAUUCAGAGGCUCGGGUUUCGUUUUUGCAAGCUGCCUUGACAUGCUGUGGUCCGGAUUCAGAUAUUAAUGAUUUAGCGUUUGUCCCUGAUGAGAGGCGAAUGACGUACUACGCAGUCGCUUUGUUUGCGCUUCGAAUCAAUGCCAAACAUUAUUCGGAAGCUUCAGCAGUUCUGCCAAAACGUGCUCAUACUGGUUAUGACUAUUGUGGUACUUACUAUCGUUUCAAGUGA